UUGCACCCUUCUCGAGACACUGCUGUGCUCUAGGUGAGGAUGUUCAUGAUAAAAGUUGCAUGACGUCAAGGACCAGUCAAGAAACUAAAACGCCCUGCACAUAUCGUUUCUUUCACCACGGUUUGCAGCCGCAAAGUGAUUUUUGCUAAUGUGCAUCUAAGAGCAAAUCUUUUUUCGCUCGCUCCUUUGUGGACUCAAAAAAUGGGAAGAUUAGACACUCUGAGAGAAUUUAAUUUAUUUUCAUGGAUGAGAGAGGAAAGACAAUCGAGGAAGUUGACCCUGGUCAUCGUUUUCAUCGCCUUGCUGCUGGAUAAUAUGCUUCUAACGGUGGUCGUCCCCAUCAUCCCCAGCUACCUAUACACAGUUGAUGAUGCAGUAGCCAACAUGGCCAAGAAUCACACCACGGCCUCCCCACACACCCCUUCUGGAACCUUCCAUACCAUCGUGUCCCUCUAUGACAACUCUGUCAGGGUAACCAGCAGGGGCCCAAUGGACUCCACACCCAUAACCUUGGAUCAGGCGCAGGCGGUCUCUCUUUCCACCUCGGCUCUCACACCCCACAAUUCCACAGAGCCUGACUGCCCCAAAGCAGAUGACCAGCUUCUCAAUGAGAAUGUGAAAGUGGGACUACUUUUUGCCUCCAAGGCCACCGUACAGCUCAUCACCAACCCCUUUAUUGGGCCUCUCACCAACAGAAUAGGAUACCAGAUCCCCAUGUUUGCCGGGUUCUGUAUUAUGUUCCUGUCAACCAUUAUGUUCGCCUUCUCAUCGAGCUACACUCUGCUGUUUCUGGCCAGAUCCCUGCAGGGUGUGGGCUCCUCCUGCUCCUCCGUGGCUGGGAUGGGGAUGCUUGCCAGUGUGUACACAGAUGACGAGGAGAGGGGAAAUGCCAUUGGGAUAGCACUGGGUGGUCUGGCCAUGGGCGUGCUGUUGGGCCCACCAUUCGGCAGCAUCAUGUAUGAGUUUGUGGGGAAAACGGCGCCUUUCCUCAUUCUGGCUGUUCUGGCUGUGCUGGAUGGAGCACUGCAACUGUUCAUUCUCCAGCCCUCAAAGGUGGAACCAGAGAGCCAGAAAGGGUCCUCACUUUGGAGCCUUAUUAAAGAUCCAUACAUACUCAUUGCUGCAGGAUCCAUUUGUUUUGCAAACAUGGCCAUUGCAAUGUUAGAACCAGCGUUGCCUAUUUGGAUGAUGGAGACCAUGUGUCCAAGAAAAUGGCAGCUAGGCGUUGCCUUUUUGCCAGCCAGCAUCUCCUACCUGAUUGGAACGAACAUCUUUGGCGUCCUCGCGCACAAGAUGGGGAGAUGGCUGUGCUCUCUCAUCGGGAUGGUCCUCGUGGGGGUUAGCAUCCUCUGUGUCCCUUUCGCUAAGGACAUCUAUGGACUGAUACUUCCGAAUUUUGGUGUUGGUUUUGCAAUUGGCAUGGUGGAUUCCUCUAUGAUGCCAAUCAUGGGAUAUUUGGUGGACCUGAGACAUGUGUCAGUCUAUGGCACUGUGUACGCCAUUGCUGAUGUGGCUUUCUGUAUGGGCUUUGCUUUAGGUCCGUCCGCUGGAGGCGCCAUAGCGAAGAACAUUGGGUUCCCCUGGCUCAUGACCAUCAUUGGCGUCGUGGACAUCCUCUUCGCUCCCCUCUGCUACUUCCUCAGGAGUCCUCCUGGGAGGGAAGAGAAAAUGGCCAUCUUGAUGGACUCUAACUGCUCGAUGAAGACCCGAUCAUACUCAACACAGGGGAACACAGAGUACGAAGAGAUGGAGACAGAGUACGAUGAGUAUUAAUGGACACCAGACAUGUAUGUUACCUUCCAGAGGAUCUAUUUUGUUGUACAAAAACAGAGAUACAAUGAUUAUUAUUUUAUUUUUUAACAGCGAAGCUGUUUCGUUGUGAGUGUCCGUCUUCACUGUUCUGUGUCAUUGUUAUUGUACGACUAGAGCAAACCAAAGUUGUUGUCAUUGCCCUGUGUUUAUUUUGAGCCAACAGCCUUAUCCAAUGGAAGUGGGGCCGUGUCAAAACAGGGUUUUCAUGGGCCGUAAAAGCAGACUGCUGUGAGUCAUAUUUACUGAAUAGUUCAGAUGGGGGUGGUAUUAUACAGUCGUGGCCAAAAGUUUUGAGAAUGACACAAAUAUUAAUUUUCACAAAGUCUGCUGUCUCAGUUUGUAUGAUGCCAAUUUGCA